CUUCCGCGUUACACUGGAUUCUGGAGAGAGACGAUCGUCGCUGAGGAGUGACGCAAUCUGACGUGAGAUAAUGCACGCUCUCUACAUAACAGCCCGGAAGUUUCUGAAGAAAUCCAUUAAGUUUUCACGUUUUACUCAGCACAAAGCUACCUAGAACAGCAUGUUAUUCUGACUGCAACAACCACCCGCAGAUGGCGGGGUUCGAUCUCGUGCCUGUAGAUGGUGGCAGUCCAAUACACCUGCCUGAGGGGGAGACACUGCUGGGAAGGGGUCCAUUCCUUGGCGUCAGCGACAAAAGAGUCUCCAGACACCACGGCCUCCUUGAGAACCUGAACGGGCAGCUGCGCAUCAAACCUACGCAUGUGAACCCCUGCUUUUGUCAGUCCUCACUGGAUGACCUCCCACAACCCCUGGACAGGAACCAGUGGCAUAACCUUGGACAGGGAGACAUCAUCUCCCUUCUUCCUGGGAAGUACAUCUACAGGGUGGUGGCCGUGGGUGGAGAAGAUGGAACACCCAGAAACAGUCAGGCUCUUCAAGAUGAAGACGAGGCUGUUGUGAAGUCUCCUCCUGCCUCCCCUGGACCAAGCGACGAACCUGCUUACCCCACUCGACGGGGCACGGGGUGGACACCAAGCUCCCACCAACAACAAUCUAGACUGGGAGGUAGUGUUGACCAGAAGGAGCCAUAUGAACAGCUACCUAACCCGCCUACCUCAAACCAGACAGAAGCUGGGGUAGCUGAAGCAGAAAAUGACAAGAACGAGCCGAAACGUGAACCAAAGAAAAGAGUGUUACCUGCUUGGAUGACUGUACCCAUUGCAUCUCCCAAGAACACCACCACCACCACCACCACCACCAAAGGAUUUGGAAAUCGAGGCAGAGGAACCGCAACCCCAACUACAAGCACCAACCAGGGCGCGGCCAAACGGGCCAGGUACACAGUGCCCUUGUCAGGGGAGGAAGAGUCUGAACACAGCGAGGCAGAGCCAACACCCAGGAAGAGGGUGAGGAGGAAGAAGAGUGACGAGGAUGAGGACAAUGAGGAAGAGGUCCAGUCUACAACAGAAUUUAAAGCCAGGCAGCAGGUGACGCCUAGUAAAGUAGAGGAGAGCGAGGAGUCGGACCACUUUGACGUGGAGGAGGACGAUGGAGAGAAGAGAAGAGGAGGAGAAGCUUCCACAGUGAAAGGCAGCAGCACUUCUACGAGCAGAGCAGAGGCCAGUGAGUCCGAGGACCGGGGGAGAGAGCCUCAGAACGGUCAAAAGGUCGGCAAGGGGCCUCAAGGGUCAGGUGGCGUUUCAGGCCCCGCCCAGUCCAAAGCUCGGCUCAGGACGACCUGCCCCUAUGGAAAGGACUGUUACAGGAAAAACCCAGUCCACUUCCAAGAAUGCAGUCACCCCGGCGACAGCGACUACGAGGACAGUUCCGCGAAAGACGAGGAGGAAGAGGAGGACGCGGACCGACCUGAGUGUCCGUACGGCACAGACUGCUACAGGAAAAACCCUCUUCACUGGAAGGAGUACAAACACACCAAGAAGACUCGAGAGUUUAAAGAAGCAAAAACGAUGAAACCAAUUGCCCUCCAUUUCUCUGACGUGACGUCAGCAGGAUCUAUAAACUCAUUGGGUAACGUUGACUUUCUGAAAGGGAGCGAAAAAGCCGGUAUCAUACAACAACGAUGAUGAUGAUGAUGAUGAUGAGUUUGGGGACGAUGACAGCUUCAUCAAUGAUGAGAGCGAGGACAUUGGUGGAGACUCUGACUAUGAGCCACCUGACUCAGACGACAGUGGCAAGGAGGACCUCAAAACACUCAAGAAAGAAGCCAAGGCCUUCACAAGGUCGAAAUGAACUAAUGGCCUAAACUGGACUAAUCUCCCCUUACCUGUUUUAAACUAAGCGUGCUAUUUCAGCGGAGUAUACCUUUUUUCCUCUAUUCAAACACACUUGGAAUCCAGCAGGUUUACAAUCUCGAAUAAUAUUAGACUCCCUGUGCUGGGAAAAUACAGUCAACAAUUUACCCCAUCAGUUGGGACGAAUCAAUAACAGGAUUCUUGACUGAUUUGUGUAUGAUGAUGUCAUAAUGCUGACUUUACCUUUUAAAAAGUGAUUGAAUUUAUGUGUGAUACACAAUGAUACUUUCUUGGAUAGUAAUUAAUCACAAACAUUUUUGACGUGUAGGAAUUCUUGGUUAUUGGUUUGUUUGAAUAGUAUGGACAAGCUGUUAUUUUUACUUCCUUUAAAAAUAAUUGAUCAGUGCCUUCAGAAAGUAUUCACACACCUCGACUUAUUUCACAUUUUAUUGUUACAAAGUGGGAUUAAAAUGUAAUUUUUUGGUCAAUGAUCUACACAAAAUGUUUUGUAAUUUCAAAGAAAAAUGCUAGAUUUUGUAUUCAUUAAGGACAAUAAUCAGUACAUGUUAAACACCUUUGGGUGUGAAUUGUUUUGGGUAAGUCUCUAAGAGCUUUGCACACCAGGAUUGUGCAAUAUUUGCCCAUUAUUCUUAAAAUAAUUAUUCAAGCUCUGUCAAGUUUGUUGUUGAUCAUUGCUAGACAGCCAUUUUCAAGUCUUGUCAUAGAUCUUCAAGCAGAUUAAAGUCAUAACUGUAAUUAGGCCACUCCGGAACAUUCAAUGUCGUCUUUCUGAGCAGCUCCAGUGUAGAUUUGGCAUUGUGUUUUAGGUUAUUGUCCUGCUGAAAGGUGAAUUCGUCUCCCAGUGUCUGUUGGAAAGACAACUGAACCAGGUUUUCCUCUAGGAUUUUGCCUGUGCUUAGCUCUAUUACGUUUAUUUUUAUCCUGGAAAAACUCCCUAGUCCUUGCCGAUUAAUAAGUAUAUCCAUAACAUGAUGCAGCCACCACCAUCCUUGAAAAUACGAAGAGUGGUACUCAGUGAUGUGUUGAAUUUGCCCCAAACAUAACAUUUUGUAUUCAGGACAAAAGUUAGUUUCUUUGCCACAUUAUUCACAGUUUUUAGUGUCUUUUUGCAAACAGGAUGCAUGUUUUGGAAUAAUUGUAUUCUGUACAGGCUCCUUUUCACUCUGUCAUUUAGGUUAGUAUUAUGGAGUAACUACACUGUUUUAAUGACCUCAUGGUGAAAUCCCUGAGGGGUUUCCUUCCUCUCCAGCAACUGAGUUAGGAAGGACGCCUGUAUCUCUGUAAUGACUGGUUGUAUUGAUCUAAUGAAUAACUUCACCAUGCUCAAAGAGAUAUUCAGCAUCUGCUUUAUUUGAUUUUUACCCAUUUACCAAUCGGUGGCCUUCUUUGCGAGGAAUUGAGAAACCUCCCUGGUCUUUGUGGUUGAAUCUGUGCUUGAAAUUCACAGCUCAACUGAGGGAUGUUACAGAUGAUUGUAUGUGUGGGGUAUGGAGAUGGGCUAGUCAUUCAAAAAUCAUGUUAACCACUAUUAUGCAACUUAUGCGAUUUGCUAAGCAAAUGUUUACUCCUGAACUUAUUUAGGCUUGUUAUCACAGAGGUUGAAUACUUAUUGACUCAAGCCAUUUCAGACAAUUCUUCUUCAUUUGUAAAACAUUCAAAACAUAAUAAUUUGACAUUAUGGGGUAUUGUGUGUAGGUCAGUGACACAAAAUGUAGUUCUUUAAUCCAUUUUAAAUUCAGGCUGUAACACAACAAAAUGUGGAAGAAGUCCAAGUGAUGUGAAUACUUUCUGAAGGCAUUAUAAACAAUGUAUAAAACCAGAAGUUGUGUUUAAUUGAUAGUAGUUUGUCAUGAUUUUUAUACUCAAUGCCAGUGUCAUGGUUUUUCUACAGUAAAUAUGCUUUUAUAGAACAAUAUUCAUUGUCUGUCUCAAUGUAGAAAUAUUUGUAAAAAUACACAAUGUUUGUUGUAUGCUGAAUAUUUGUUUACAUUUUCAUGAUCCUUCACUUGGUAAUUGUAAAGCAUUCUAAACCUGACACAUUCACUUCCUUAUUCAUGGUUCCAAUUACAUUAUCACCUCUGGGAUCAUGAGAACCCAGAGUGUAAUAGUGUUUAAUUCUUUUUUUUUUUUUUUUUGUGAACAAAUUUAGAUUUAUUUUGUCAUCCAGUUUGACCUCUCAUUUUGUAAACCAAUCAACAUGCAUUAAUUAAUAAACAAAAACACUGCCA